AAAAGAGAUCUUUGAGUUUUCCAUUUCCAAGUCUCCAAGUCUCUCUCUAUAGAUUGCGAGAGACUUCACAAUUCACUUGUCCCUAACAAACAAUCAAACCCUUCAAAUCAAGCAUGCAAAAUUAACCAACACACCACAAUUUCUCAGCUUUUUUUAAUUAUUUUUUCCAGUCCCCUUCUCAAACAACUCAAAAUUAAAAAGCAGCAUCGACGAUAAUUUCCACUAGAGUUUCUUUUUUCCUUCCCCCCUCCCCCUUUUUUUUUCUUAUUUAAUUUUAGCAGAAGCUGGGAAUAAAGGUGCAAUUUUUACACUCAUCGAAUCACAGAAGUAGUAUCGCAUCCCAAUUUAGAACUCGUAAAACCCAGUUUCGGAUUCGUCUCUGGGUGCUCCCAAAAAUAUGAAGAAGCUUCGGAGAUCAACGCUGGCGCUGUUUUUAGGGUUUCUGUUGCUGUCGGUGGCGCCGUCGUCAAUGGGGAGAUUCGUGGUGGAGAAGAAUAGCUUGACGGUGACUUCGCCGGAGAAAAUCAAGGGGACCUACGACAGCGCCAUUGGUAACUUUGGGAUACCACAGUAUGGUGGUAGUAUGGCCGGGAGCGUCGUGUACCCGAAGGACAACCAAAAGGGCUGCAAGGAGUUCGAUGAGUCUGGGAUUUCCUUCAAAUCCAAGCCCGGUGCUCUUCCCACCAUCGUUUUGCUCGAUCGUGGAACUUGCUUUUUUGCUUUGAAGGUCUGGAAUGCCCAGAAGGCUGGAGCUUCUGCUGUUCUUGUUGCGGAUGAUAUUGAUGAAAACUUGAUAACUAUGGACACACCUGAGGAGGAUGGAUCAUCUGCAAAAUACAUAGAGAACAUAACAAUACCAUCAGCUCUCAUUGAAAAAAGUUUUGGUAUAAAAUUAAAGGAUGCCAUAAGUGGUGGUGAUAUGGUCAAUGUAAAUCUUGAUUGGAGAGAGGCUGUUCCCCACCCAGAUGACCGCGUGGAGUAUGAGUUGUGGACCAACAGCAAUGAUGAGUGUGGAGUUAAAUGUGAUAUGUUGAUGGAAUUUGUGAAGGAUUUUAAGGGUGCUGCACAGAUACUCGAAAAAGGUGGUUAUACCCAGUUUACACCCCAUUAUAUAACUUGGUACUGUCCUCAGGCGUUCACAUUAAGCAAACAGUGCAAGUCUCAGUGCAUCAAUCACGGAAGAUAUUGUGCUCCAGAUCCUGAGCAGGACUUCAGCACUGGUUAUGACGGGAAAGAUGUGGUUAUUGAAAACUUAAGGCAGCUUUGCGUUUUUAAGGUGGCAAAUGAAACUAAAAAGCCUUGGGUGUGGUGGGACUAUGUCACUGAUUUUCAAAUUAGAUGUCCGAUGAAGGAGAAAAAAUACAAUAAGGAGUGUGCUGAUGCUGUCAUUAAGUCACUUGGUCUUGAUCUCAAAAGGAUUGAAAAGUGCAUGGGAGAUCCUGAUGCUGAUUCUGACAAUCCUGUUUUGAAGGAAGAGCAAGAUGCACAGGUUGGAAAGGGUUCCAGAGGUGAUGUCACCAUAUUGCCUACUCUUGUUGUCAACAAUCGACAGUAUCGAGGAAAACUGGAAAAAGGGGCUGUCAUGAAAGCUAUUUGCUCUGGGUUUGAAGAAACUACUGAACCAGCCGUCUGUUUGAGCAGUGAUGUGGAAACAAAUGAGUGUUUGGAUAACAACGGUGGUUGUUGGCGGGAUAAAGCAGCUAACAUCACUGCAUGCAAGGAUACAUUCCGCGGCCGAGUAUGCGAAUGCCCCCUCGUGGAUGGCGUGCAGUUCAAAGGAGAUGGUUAUACAACUUGUGAAGCCAGUGGACCUGGGCGGUGCAAGAUAAAUAACGGGGGGUGUUGGCAUGAUGCCCGUAAUGGACACGCAUUUUCUGCUUGUUUGGAUGAUGGACAUGUUAAAUGCCAGUGUCCUGCAGGGUUUAAGGGUGAUGGUGUCAAAAACUGUGAUGACAUAGAUGAAUGCGGAGAGAAGAAAGCUUGUCAGUGCCCUGAAUGUACCUGCAAGAAUACCUGGGGCAGCUAUGACUGCAGUUGCAGUGGAGAUCUUCUGUAUAUCAGGGACCAUGAUGCCUGCAUAAGUAAAACUGCAAGUCAGGGAGGGAAAUCUGCUUGGGCUGCAUUUUGGGUCAUUUUACUUGGCUUGGUUGUAGCUGCUGCUGGCGCAUACCUAGUGUACAAAUAUAGAAUAAGGUCAUACAUGGAUUCUGAAAUCAGAGCCAUCAUGGCACAGUACAUGCCCCUGGACAGCCAAGGGGAAGUAGUAAACCAUGUCAACGAUGAAAGAGCAUGAAAUGAAAAGAAAACACAGAACUUAUGAGCCUCCCUAGUCUCUUGGGACAUGAUGAUGAUGCAUGAAAGCUUGGUUGAGGUGUUGAUGAUUCGGCGCAUUGAAUUUAAUAAUAGAAUGUAUCAUAUUUGACACAAUAAAAACACCUUGGGAAUUACAUAGUUGUCCUGCGUUUUUUUAUUUGGGAUGCACCAAGUUGUGUACUUUAAAAGGAUGAUUUUAGUAGCAAUUUAGUAGGAUGGACUUAAGUUAUCUCACUAGAUUUUAGGACGUGUUUAUGCGACUUUUGUUCCACACUUUGUUAUUGUAUCUUAUCGCGCUUUUACUACGAAAUCUACGUACAUUGCCAACAAUGUUAUUGCC